CUCUCUCUCUCUCUCUCUCUCUCAACAAUAGCAUCUAUGCAGUCUCUCCCCAUCUCCAAACCCUAGCCCUAGAAAAAAAACCGUCGAACAAAUGGCAGAUAUCUUCUCCACAUUUCUCGAUCUCCGCUCCGUUAAUUCAUUAUGUUUCCACGCCCUCUACAUCCCCUGUAAGAUCUCUCCGAAGUCGUACGGACCCAAUCGGAUAUCUCCCCUCCUCCGACCGCCGACCCAAAGGAGAUCCUCCGUUCAUCAGAUCCUUGCGAAACCCUCACUUCCAUCCGACCUCCACCUCAUCUCGACCAUCGAGCGUCCUGAUGGCAGCUUCGUGUUCCGGUUUGGAAACCCGACGGAUGAGAAAGCUGGUAUUGAUGAUGUUAAGGUUGAGAUAGGCAGUGGAGUCGCGGCUUCUAAUGUUGCUGAUACUGUCGAGGAAGCGGAGUCGUCUGAUGGAACAGUCAAAAAAGAUUGUCCGAAGGAAAUUGGUGAGGAAUCUGCCGAUGGAAACUUCGAGAUGGAGAUGAUUGCCACCGGAAUUGAUGAAAAUUUGAAAGAAGAGAACCGUCUGGAUUUGGAGAGAAUGCAGAGCACACCUUCUUUGACAGAAUUCAGUAAAAUUCCACAAGAAGAGGAAACUUUGGAUCCUAAGAGUGACCAUGAAGAUGUUCGAAGUAGUGCUGAUAGUAUGUUGGUGGAAGCACUGAAUGAAGAUCAAUUGGAAUUGGUGGAGAAGAUUCGAGAGGAUCCUGCUGAUGAAGCAUCGGUGGAUGGUAAAGGGAAUGUUCUUCUUUCAGAUGGUGAUGGCAGUAAAAUAUUGGAAGCUCUAAAUGAUGACCCAUUGGAAUUAGCAGAGAAGAUUGCAGAUGUUACUGAAGCGUCAGUAGCAUCUUCGACUGCUGCUGAGCGGGGCCCAGUGGAAAGUGUGAAUGAUGACAUUCUAGAAUUAUCAGAGAAGAUACAAGAUGAUUCUAUGCUAUUGGAAGUAUCUGCUUCUGUAGAACCUGAUCUGGUGGAAGCUGUGAGUAUUGAUGAAUUGAAAAUGGCAGAGAAGAUUCAAGGUGAUAUUGGGGUGUUGGAAGUGUCUGCUGCUGCAGAACUUGACUCUGUGGAAACCCUGAAUAAUGAUGUAUUGGAAUUUCCGGAGAAGAUACAGGAUGAUAAUCAGGAUUUGGAAUUGUCUAUUACUGCAGAGCUCAACCUGGUGGAAGCUCAGAGCGAUGGUGUGUUGGUAUUGCUGGACAAGAUGCAUGACAAUAUGGAGACAUCGGAAGUAUCUACUUCUGCAGAGCUCGAUCCUGUAGAAGCCCUGAACAAUGAUGUGUUGGAAUUGCCAGAGAAAAUUCUAGGCAGUACUAUGGUAUUGGAAGUAUCUGCUGCUCCAGAGUUCGACGGGGUGGAAGCUCUGAGUGACAAUUUAGUGGAAUCGCAAGAGAAGCUGCAAGGCCAUACUGAGAUGCUGGAAGUAUCUACUGCUGCAGAAUCCAACCCAGUAGAAGCCCUGAAUAAUGAUGUCUUUGAAUUGCCAGAGAAGAUUCAAGAUAAUACUGGGGCAUUGGAAGCUUCUUCUGCUACAGAGGUCAACCUUGUGAAAGCCCCAAAUGAUGAUAUAUCGGAAACAGUGGAGAAGGUUGAAGAUGGAACUAAAGCUUUGGAAAUGUCUGCUGCAGCAGAUCCUGGCCCUGUUCGGGAUGUAGAAUCAGAUCAUGAAUCUGUUGAAAGCUCAAUAAUGUUAGAGGAGAUGAGUUCAUCUCAUCUUCAGGCAGCACACACUAGAGGGGAUGAAAACAAUGGGAGUGUACAAGUGGCAGAUUCAACACUUACACAGAUUCAAGAUGUGACCAGUGCUUUUGAUCCUAAAGGGGAAACAGAGAUAUCUCUACCGAGUUCUUUCCUUUCUUCAGGGGUCGCUAUAUUACCACAUCCUUCUAAGGCAUUGACAGGUGGGGAGGAUGCUUAUUUUGUGGCAUGUAAGAACUGGUUAGGUGUAGCUGAUGGAGUUGGUCAAUGGUCACUAGAAGGGAUCAAUGCAGGAUUGUAUGCUCAAGAACUGAUGGACAAUUGUGCAAGGUUAGUAGCAGAAUGUCAAGGAGUUCAACGAACUGAACCAGACCAAAUCCUCAUUCAAAGCGCUGCAGAAGCAAGUUCUCCUGGCUCAUCUACAAUACUGGUUGCUUAUUUUGAUGGCCAGGCUCUCCAUGUUGCAAAUAUUGGAGAUUCAGGAUUCAUCAUUAUAAGAAAUAAUGAAGUUUUCAAACGAUCCUCCCCAAUGGUUUAUGAGUUCAAUUUUCCCGUUCAGAUUGAGAAGGGCGGCAACCCCUCGAAAUUCAUUGAGCGCUAUAGGAUCGAUUUAAAUGAAGGUGAUGUAAUUGUCACUGCAACGGAUGGCCUUUUUGACAAUCUAUACAAGGAAGAAAUAGCUUUAAUUGUCUCCAGAUCAGUGCGAGCUGGACUGAGACCAAAGGAAAUAGCAGAGAUGAUGGCAAGGAGGGCGCAUCAGGUAGGGAAGUCACAGUCUGUAAGAAGUCCUUUUGCGGAUGCAGCCAAAGCAGCCGGUUACACCGCAUAUAGUGGCGGCAAGCUGGAUGAUGUGACCGUUGUUGUUUCUCUUGUUCAAACCUCCAAAUGCUAGUUCAAAUCAUCUUCCUCUUGUAUUUUUGUAAUAUUGGCUUCAAUUAUUGUUAUUUGUAUUCCAAACGUCUCCCUCCCUCUCUCCUUCCCUCUCAUCAUUAUCAUCAUCAUUUUCCAAGCAUGGAUGUUCCUCUUAUAUUUAGAAGUAUUUUUUUUAUAUACAUUACAAUUCCUUCGAUAAUUAUGAUUUUACCAAAGAAUGCAUUUAUUUGUUGAAA